AUGCGCCAUAGAUAUUACGGAGGUUCAGUGAAGAAAGGAAGGCAGCCUCUCUUUCAGCUCGAUAAGAAUGGCGUCAGAAGGAAGGGCACAUGCAUCCUAGAUUGCAGUGGAAGAACACUCAAAGACAAAGUUGAAGAAGGUAAAGAAGUAGUGCUUAAACUAGUAGAACCAGUGCUAUUAAGAACCAAGGGAGAAGGAUAUUCCGGCAAAUUAGAACCCGGAAAGUUCGAUCCUCCUGUUGGUAAAGAUGCAUUGAAACCAAUAUAUGGCAUCUGUUAUGGGGAAGAAUUAGAGGAUAUAAGAGAUAUAGAGAGGAAAGUUUGGAAGAGGAAGCCAUAG